UAUUAGCUUCAUAUUUUGUUAUAGCACAAGUUAGAAUAAAUUACCAAGGUGAACAUAGAAAUUAUGGAGAUCAGGACAAGAUCAAAGAACAUGUAAAAAGUCAUCUAAAAGACGUCCCACAUCCCGAAGAGAUAUCGGAAGAGGAUGAAUUAUACUACCUUUUCUCCAUUCAUGACACUAAUCAAGACGUAGGAGAUACAGACGCUAUGAUAGAAGAUAAUGAACGUUUGGAACCAAGGGAGAGUCGUUUUGCAGCAGGCUCGGAAUUUGACAUCA